AGCAUCUGAAUCACACGAGAGAGAGAUAGGGAGAGAGAGAGAUAGAGACACAGAGAGAGAGAGAGAGAGCAUGAUCGAUCGUUCGCAUUCGUAGCUCCUCCUUCUGAUCACACUUAAUAAACGCUCAUGUGGACAAACCCCGAAGAGCGUCCUGUGAGCCCCUAUUUAAACCUGCAGACUGUGAUAUUUGUGUCCAGUAUCUCAAGACACUCGCACGCAGGACUGCAUUAAUUCCUCUACUGUCACAAUGUCACAUGGAUGGGGAUACGCGAAACAUAACGGACCGCACAAAUGGUGUGAAAGUUUUAAGAUUGCUAAUGGCCCUCGCCAGUCUCCGAUAGACAUAAUACCUGAAUCUGCAUCAUAUGAUUCUUCAUUAAAGCCCCUUACUUUGAAGUAUGACCCCUCUACUUCCCUGGAGAUCCUCAACAACGGACACUCCUUCCAAGUGACCUUCGCCGAUGAUGAAGAUAGCUCAACUCUAACAGGAGGGCCGAUCUCUGGCAUCUACAGACUCAAACAGUUCCACUUUCACUGGGGAGACGGCGAUGAGAAAGGAUCUGAACACACAGUCGAUGGCAAAUGCUAUCCGGCAGAGCUCCAUCUGGUCCACUGGAACACAAAAUAUUCCAGUUUUGCCGAAGCAGCUGAUAAACCUGAUGGUCUCGCUGUAGUUGGAGUCUUUCUAGAGAUUGGUGCAGAAAAUGCUCAGCUUCAGAAGAUUCUGGUUGCUCUGGAUUCCAUUCAGUGCAAGGGAACACAGAACUCAUUUGCAAACUUUGACCCCAGUGUCCUGCUCCCAUCAUCGCUGGAUUACUGGACGUACCCGGGCUCUCUGACGACACCUCCUCUGUAUGAGAGCGUCUCAUGGAUCGUCUGCAAGGAGUCGAUCAGCAUCAGCUCUGCUCAGAUGGAAACAUUUCGCAGUCUACGGUUUUCCGAAGAGGAAGAGGAGGCGUGCUGCAUGGUGAAUAAUUAUCGUCCUCCUCAGCCUCUAAAGGGACGUGCGAUCCGUGCAUCUUUCCAGUGAAGGGCCCCCCUCAACCCUGCAAACCCUUUUCUUUCAUCUUUAGGAUGUGCAGGUGCCCGGCUCUAAGCUAAGGGCCGGCAGUGAUGCUGGUCAGCUUGACAGCUGUCAAUAGCAACAAAAUGCAAAAAAAAUUACCGUACCUUUCUUUAAUCAUUUUUUUACAUUUUACAUUCGUUCAUUUGGCAGACGGGUUUAUUCAAAGCAACUUACAGGUAGGAGAGCAUAUAAACAUUUUGUCAGCAUGCUAAACAGUAGUGUUAGUUUACAAAAUAAUUCUGUCUUCCUUUCAAAUGUUUGAAUUACAUGGAUUAAGAGUAUGGUGCCAACAUUAUACGACACAGAUACACAGCUAAACAUAAAUAAUAUAUAAGAGAAAUAUAUAUAUUUCAGGAAUAUUAUUAGGGGUAUGUCAUGCGUAUUUUUAGUGCAGUAGAGUCUAGCCAAUAGUUCAGAUUAAGACGUCAUCAGUACAGGCUCUAUCCGACGCCAUGCCAUCUGUGCCGGCUGUUGUCCUUCCCUUUCAUACUGUAAUCUCUCCCUUUGACAAACAAAUACACACGGCAUAACAUCCACACAGGCACACUGGGAAAUCAUGCACAAAAUGUAACAUAUGCAACCAGGGCGGGAUGAUACAAGCCUGAAAUUUUUGUGUCUCACAUUGUCAAAACUCCAGCUUCAAUGUCUUUUAAGAUGUUUUUUGUAGAAAUCCUAUGCACACGGUUUUAGCUGAAUAGAAGCAAUAACUGCAUGAAAAUGUUAAUGGUUUAUUGUGUUGUGAAAUAAUAAAAUGUGUUAUUUUACUUUGAAAGUUUUGCAAUAUUGUGCCCUUACGAAUCGAAAAAAAUAUGUGGAUAUACUGGAAAACAAAAUGCAAUAUAUUAAACAAUACAUUUCCAUAUACUGAAAGUACUAAUUCAGUAUAUGCAAAGCAGUAAUUCUUUAUUAUUGAACAUAUUGUAAUAAUAAUAAUGUAUUAUUCUAAAGACAGUUUCAUCGGACACACUCUAGGCCGAAGUUAACUUCCAGUCUGUGUUUGGUUACAAUAUAAUAUAAUACAACAAUUCAUUUGAUAUUUCAUUUAUAUUAAAUAAUAUUAAUAUUUUAUUGUAAAAUUAAUUGAAUUUAAACUUCUUUGCAAGGUCUACAGGAAGUUAAGUUACAUGUAGCCAUAAUAAAUAUAUUUCCUUGCGUAAGGGUGUAUUGCACAGCAAUGCCGAAGACAAGGGUUAAAAGAAACCACAUGCAAACAUCAAAAUAUUUUUAGAAAGAAGAUGAGAACACAGACGUCAGGGACCAGGGGCUUUUGUAUCAUGUUAUGUGUUUGUUAAGAAAAUAAGUGUAAACUGGGUUACUGUGUGUUAAAUGUACUUGAAUUUGAGGGCUGCAGAAUGUUAAGCAAUAUUGUUUAAGCCAUAAACUGUUCUGCUAUUUUCAAAGAGGACAAUUUAAUUAAAGAUGUUUAUAUACCUA